AUGUUUUAACCAAAAAUGAUAGAAAAUGUAGAUGAUUUUUUUUGUUCCUCAGGACAUAGACAACCAGUCUUUAUGGUUGCGCUUGAUCCAAAAUUAGAAUGGGAUUAGAGAUUCCUUUGCACAACAUGUGCUGAAAAUUCGGGCUUAGAUGCUUAAUAGGUUGGAUUCAAGAAAAUUAUUCAAAUAAUACAAGAAAGCUAAGAAAAAAAGAUGGAAAAAGUAGAAUCUAUAGUUGUGAACGAAAUAAAAUUAGUUGAGUCAAUGUAUGACUUGGUAGAUCAAAUGAAAACAAUAGUGAUCAAAUAAUUUGAAGAAUCGAUUUCUAUAAUGAAGGAAUGGACUAAGAAUCUAUAAUAAAAAGGUUAAGAAUAGUCUCAUUAUAGUUUUUAUGAAGAAUUAGAAGAUAUAAUAAAAAAAAAUAAUAAAUCGGAAGCCAACGUUUAAUCACUGAUCCAUGAAGUUUAAUAGACCAAUCAUUGCUGGAGUUCCAAAUUGUGUCCUAAACUAGAAUAUUUUAAUAAAUUUGAAGAAUAUAAAAAAUGUAAAGAGCUUCUGUCAAAAUUACAAUUAGAUUCUAUGAAAUUUACUCAAAAUGAAUAUCAAUAAUAAAUAAAUUUAGAUUCUCCAUUAAAAAAUAAUUAUUCUGACUAAGAUAUAUAAUCAGAAGGUGAAAUCAAAUUAAAGUUACUGGAUUAAUCUGUAAAAUAAUUAAAAAGAUGUAAUGAUAUAGUUUUCAAUUCUAAUGGGUCAAUUAUGGUAUCGACCUCGGAAAAUGAUAUUAAAAUAUGGAGAUUUCAAAAUGGAACAAUAAAAUAAGGAAAAACCUUGGAAAGACAUACUGAUUGUAUCUAAUGUUUAGUGUAUAGCAAGAAAUCUAAUUCGUUUAUUUCUUCUGACAAAACAAUAAGAUGCUGGAAGUUGAUCGAUUAAAAUGAUUGGUGUUUUUCAUAAUCUUACCAAUAACAUACAGAUUAUGUUAUGUGCAUGAUUUUGAAUUCAAAUGAGGAUUUACUAUUUUCUGGAAGUCGUGAUAAAUCAAUCAAAGUUUGGAAGGUUGAUUUUAUUCAAAAUAAAUUGACUUAUCAAUAUUCUUUAGAUAAACAUGAUCAUUAUGUCAUUUCAUUAAGUUUAAAUUAAUCAGAGACCUAAUUAGUAUCAUGUGCAAAAAAAUAGAAUUAAAUUAUUAUUUGGGAAAGAAGAGAAAAGGAUAAAUUUGAAUUCAAAUAUUUCGUUAAAUAAUCAAUUUAAUUGUACGGGCAAAAGGUUAAGUUUAUUAAGAAUGAUUAAUUUAUUUGGAUAACUGGUGAUGAAUAAAUGGAUAAUCUUUAUGUAUUUGAAUUAUAACAAGAAACCUUUUAAGAAAAUCAGGAAAAAACAAUUCAAUUAAUUAAAAAUAAAGAAAAUAUUGAUCAAUAUCGUUUUCCAAUUAUUUAUAAUAAGGAGAGGAAUUUGAUCGUAGUAAGACAUAAGAAAUAUAUUUAUAUCAUUAGAGAAAUUAGCGAUGGGAGGUACAAAAUAGUAGAUUAAUUGAAAUGUGACACUUCUCAAGUUUAUGGAACCGUUACAAAUAAUGGAAAAUAUUUGGUGUAUUGGGAUGAGAAAAAUAGUGGAUAUUCGACAUAUUAAUUAUGA